CACCGGUUGGAAAUGGUCGCUCGCGCAGACGACUGGAAUUUACUGAGGAAAAAGAAAACAUUAGCCAGAUGCUAACAGUGAAAUACAGAUCUCGUAUGAAAACAACAAACGGAGACGACGGAACAAUGCCACAUAUUAAGUUUCUCUGCAGGGCUAAGUGAGGUGUAUCGUACUCCCGUCCUAGGAUGGACAGUUAUUUUAAGGCUGCUGUGUGCGACCUGGACAAGCUUUUGGAUGACUUUGAACUCAGUGCAGAAGAGCUUGAGAACAAACAAGGGACAUAUGUAAGCCCUCCUUGUCCAGACUCUACUCUUAUCCCUGGUCGCUUCAUACCAGAGCAGCAUGCAGUCCCACAAACACUCCCAGAUGUCAACGCACUGCACUAUGGACUUACGUCGCAAAGUAUUAACUUAAACCAAAAAGAUUCCUAUUCAAAUGAAUGGCCCCUCACAGGUGUGGACCUCUUGUCGUCCGUUGAUAGUAGAGGUAUAAAAAGUUCAGCUCCUCCUUGUCCUGACCGCUCGCUGAAGCCUGUGUGUGACCUGGUGAACGAUACUGGUUCUGCAAACCUCCAGCAAGCCGACAGUCAGGAAGACUUUGAAGAGCUGGACAUUCCAGACGUACAAACAACUGAGGGGCUGCUUGUGGACUUUGAGAGCCCAGAAGAUCUUUCUAAACCCAGCCACAGUGAAAUACUAAAACAUGACUCUGAGAUUAAUUGCAAUUCUCUCAGCUUGCUGGAUGUCAUAUUACCGGUUGUUGGUGAGCCUUAUACUUCAAGUAGCAUUACACUUUUGGAGAGCAAACAGACUGAAAGUUCCUGUCCUGAAGACUCCAACUCCAAUGGGCAGAAUGAUCGUCCAUGGAGUCAAAUGAACGAGGAAGACGUUUGCAACUCUUGUCCUCACACUACAGAGGAAAAUAUUUCAGCACCCAGUGAAGAGCAUGCUGUAUCGCUCCAGCCUGACUCAACAUCUGAAGAUGUCAGAAAUCCAGAGGAUUCAACUGGAAGUCCCACUUCGGAGAGAGAAUCUUCUCUGUCUUGCUUGCCAAUGGCUGUAUCUAUGUGUGGUUCCCUUGUGGCGACUUUAGACCCUCAAAAGGCAGCAGUGAUUGAAACCAAAGAUGAGGUUGAACUAGACACAAAAUCAGCAAUUCAAGAAGCUGAAGAGUUAAUUCUUCCAUUAGAAGAGCCAGUGCCUCCAUUCUCCUCCAGCAGGCCAGAUUCUUCACCUGAAGAUGAACCUGAGAUUGUCCAGAUCAUGUCGAACCCUGCUGUCGCAGGCCACUACCCCGAAAGAAACUUUAAACGCACCUUAUCGCCAACUGACAAAUUAACUUGUAGGGAUUUGUGUGCAAGCAAUCCGUCUCCAUCCUAUUCAGAAAGUCCAAAUUAUUCUUACGAGUUCGGUAUUGCCAAUGAUUACCUACCUGAAAGCGACCAGACAGUGAUGAUGGUCACAGACGAGGAACUUGAUGCCUUUCUAAUGGGUCAAGGUGUGAAAAUCAACUCCGAUGUAGCGGCGGAAAAAUUCAGUGAUGACGGCUUUUCAGAAUUUAAUGGAAAUGCCGAAAGAGAUGGCUUUUUAGAUGAGGAGUUGCAGAGUUGUAAAGUCGAGACGUUUGCCUCACCUGAGAGUGAUGGCUCACAGUAUCUGGAGGAGAGCGAAGGGUCAAACGUUUCCUCUUCAUCUCAAGACAGCAGCCCACUGAGGGCCGACUCUACUCAAACAAUCACUCAUGAAACCAUAAACAGCCCUGUUGAGAUUCAGUCCGUUUGCUCCCCCAACCAAGAGUCAACUUACGGUGGUGCAAGACCAAAGCAGUUGUCCAACCAAACCGUGCGACCUCCAUCAGAACGACACAGAACCAGCCAUGCCGAAGCCGAUGUGGGAGGAUCAGCGAAUGGCUCACAAGUGUCUCCUAACCAAGAUGAAAUCAACUGUGAACCACCGUCCUAUCAGCAGUAUGAUAGCAGCUAUGGCCACGAUGAGCUCUCAGAGCCACCGCCUUACCCAGGAGAGAUGUUGGAGGACGGCGAGUCAUCUGUGGAUCCGUCUGGACAUGGGGCUGAAGGUUUGGGGUCAAAGCAGCCACCCUGGGUCCCUGACUCUGAGGCUCCUAACUGCAUGAAUUGUAUGCAAAAGUUUACCUUUACUAAGAGGAGACACCAUUGCAGAGCUUGUGGAAAAGUUUACUGUGCUGGCUGCUGCAAUCGCAAAUGUAGACUAAAAUACCUGGAUAAAGAGGCCCGGGUUUGUGUCAUCUGCCAUGUUACCAUACAGAGAGCUCAAGCCCAUGAGAGAAUGAUGAGCCCCACUGGGCCCAGUCCCAAUCCCAACAUCCCAUCAGAGUACUGCUCCACCAUACCGCCCAUGCAGCAGGCCCGCGCCGCCGGGACUCUCAACUCUCCCCCACCCACCGUCAUGGUCCCCGUGUCUGUCCUCAAACACCCCGGUAAUGACGGUUUUCCACGCGAGCAGAAGCAUGUGUGGUUUGCUGAUGGCAUCCUGCCGAACGGUGAGGUAGCCGACACGACCAAACUCUCUGUGCAAACCCGAAGAUCUUCUCAGGAGUCGAGCCCAGUAACGCCAGACCCGCCGGCGCCUGACGAUAAGUUUCCUGACGAGCGUGAGGAGAGUGUCGGAGGCAGAUCUGACAGCCCUGUGGAGGCGAGCCGUCCACCUGUCAAAGGCCCGUGGGAUUAUGGUCUGCUGUGUGGCGUGGGCAACUGUGUGCAGAGAGAUGCCAGUCUGGUGCCAGAGGAUGAUGACGGUCUGCCACCACUUCUCAUUAUCACCGGAGAGGAGGAAGAAGGGGAUUUAUUGGUCGAGGAACGUCCCGCUGCUUGCCAAAUAUUGCUGCUGUUGGAGGAAGGAGGUCCACAACCUCUGACCUUUGUGCUCAAUGCCAAUUUAUUGGUGAACGUCAAGAUCGUCACAUAUUGUGGCAAGAGGUGCUGGUGUCUGAGCUCUAAUGGUCUGCAGGGAGUUGGACAGAAGGAGCUGGUGUUUAUAAUUGAGUGUCUCCCAGAGGAAAACAGCCUGCCUAGAGACGUAUUCAACCUGUAUGUUAGCAUAUACCAAGAUGCACAAAAAGGGAAGUUCAUCGAGCAUCUUGGCAAUGUGACGUUCACGGACAGUUUCCUGGGCAGUAAAGACCAUGGGGGCGUCCUGUUCUUCACUGCGACCUUUCAGCCACUGGAGGGUCUCGCUCUGCCACAGGUCUCCUUCCUCUGUGGUGUUUUGAUUCAGAAGCUGGAGGUUCCCUGGGCUAAAGUCUUUCCUCUCCGACUGCUGCUGGCUCUCGGGGCCAAAUAUAGUGUGUAUCCCUGCCCUUUGAUGAGCAUCCGUUUCCGUGAAUCAGUUUUUAAAGAGACAGGACACACCAUCAUGAAUCUGCUCACAGAUCUGAGGAACUAUCAGUACAGUUUACCUGUGGUGGAAAGUCUUCGGGUGCACAUGGAGAUGGGAAACAGCUAUAUCGAAAUUCCCAAAUCUAGGUUUAAUGAGAUGCUGAAGGUGGUGAACUCCUCCAAUGAACAUGUGAUCAGUUUUGGUGCCUGUUUCAGCACUGAGGCUGAUUCUCACUUGGUUUGCAUUCAGAACGAGGAUGGAAGUUACCAGACAAACGCUAACAGCAUACCAGGAAAAACCAGGAGAGUGACUGGAGCUAGUUUUGUGGUUUUUAACGGCGCUCUAAAAGCAUCAUCAGGAUUCAUCGCCAAAUCCAGCAUAGUGGAGGAUGGGUUAAUGGUGCAGAUCCCUCCAGAGACGAUGGAGGGUUUGCGACAGGCACUCAGGGACCAGAACGACUUCCAGAUCCCCUGUGGAAAGACUGACUCGGAAGAGACACGGGAAAAUGUGAAUGUGCGCUGGGUCGACUGGACAGCACCUGUCAACGCUGGAGUCACCAGUCCAGUGGACGGCAAGUCUCUGGAGGGAGUGUCCAGUGUGAAGAUCCAGCAGGACUCUGAGUUCGAGAUGGAUGGCCGAACCAUCAGGUGUACUGAGGUCUUCUAUUUGCUGAAGUCUUCAGAUGUGUCCCUGCCUGCCAUCCUGACAUCAUCAGCUCAGUUUCAGAGAGAGAUUGCCACCGCCAGCUGUGCCGCCCUCUGCCCGCAUCUCUCUGUGCUCAUGGCCAAUGGAUUCAACUCCCUCGCACUCCGAGUCUCCACUGACUCCGACAUGGUCGAGUACCAGGCUGGAUCUUCUGGCCGCCUCCUGCCUCAGAAAUACAUGAACGAUCUGGACGGGGCUCUAAUUCCUGUCAUCCAUGGAGGAAGCUCCUGUGUCCCCCAUCAGGCCAUGGACAUGGAGUUUUUCUUCUACAUCUCACUGAGCAUUUGAUCACUGGUGACUUAUAAACUUUCCAUCCACAGAGCAGCCAAUGGGACUUCACGACCGGUACCAAUGAGGUGCAGAUGCAGAGAGACAGACUCUGUGUCUGCUCUCUGAACAGGUAUGGAGAGCUUGAAGAAGCGUUUUAAGGGACUAUAUUAGCGAUCCUUUAGAAUAAAACCCAGAUCUUGGAUCAGCAACACAAAUAAAAGCGUGAGAAAUAUGGUGUGCUUCUUUAGUUGUGUUCAGGUCGAUGAAUGUUGGUUUCGAAUAGUUUUUGUAAGACCACGAAGUCAAGAUAUACCAAGAAUUAUAAUCAUUACUUGAUUACUUGCACACAUGGUGUCUGAGCAUGUGAAGUGCUGCGAUUCUCAAACUUUUUUACGUUUGUUUUUUUUCUGAGCUGGGAUCUGCAGUGUUUGAUUUCCAUCCGUUUUAAUUCACAGCUAUCAGAUGAAGUAAAUUCAUGUGGAUUUAAGAAUAAGUCAUCUUUUUCUUGAUCUGUAAUAUACACAGAGGGUAAAAUAUGCCUGAUUUUACGAUAGAUGAAAUUAUCUGCUAAGUCGUUUAAGCUUUUAUUAAGCUUCAAUACUAUUUUUGGAGAUGUGUUCGUUAAAAAUGAUAUUUUUGAUAGGGCAUUGAAAUGAAAGAUGAUAACAGUUAUAACCCCCAGAAAAGCCCACUUGAGUGUAUAACUCAAUGGUAUGCUUGUGCAAAUGUUGGUUGUAAAGUUUCAAACCCCAUAUUUAUACUGACAGAAGAAAAGAGAUGAUAAGAUCAUCUCUAUGACAAUAUACACUACCUGAGAGUAGUGACAUAAGCCUUGUCAUCGAUCCUAGUUGUAAGAGCAACAAAUAAUAACUCGACUUCUAGUUGAUCAUCUGGAAAAGUCAUCUGUUGAACUGCAUUCCAAUCAUCACAAAUACUGCAGAAGACCUACUGGAACCCGCAUGGAGCCAAGAUUCUCAGAGAAAUCAGUCAAGUUUGGUGAAGGAGAAAUCAUGGUUUGGGGUUAUAUUCAGUAUGGGGGUGUGUGAGAGAUCUGCUGAGUGGAUGAUCAACAUCAACAGCCUGAGGUAUCAAGACAUUUGUGCUGCCCAUUACAUUACAAACCACAGGAGAGGGACAAUUCUCCAGCAGGAUGGCGCUCCUUCUCAUACUUCAGCCUCCACAUCAAAGUUCCUGAAAGCAAUGAAAGGUGCUACAGGAUUGGUCAGCCCAGUCACCAGAAAUGAACAUUAUUGAGCAUGUCUGGGGUAAGAUGGAGGAGGAGGCGUUGAAGAUGAAUCCAAAGGAUUUUGAUGAACUCUGGGAGUCCUGCAAGAAGGCUUUCUUCACCAUUCCAGAUGACUUUAUUAAUCAGUGAUUUGAGUCAUGUCAGAGAUGUAUGGAUGCAGUCCUCCAAGCUCAUGAUGGAGUCAGACACAAUAUUCAUUCUGUUUCCACUGCAGCAUGAGCACAUAUUCUAUACUGGACAUUAUUGAAGGUUCAGUGACAAGACUUUUGUCUAAGCAGAGUCAGACCUUACUGUCCUAAUCAAAUCAUUAAAAAUCAAGCCAUGAUUAUAUUUUAUUGUGGUAAAAUAAGUGUAAUCUAAAGGCCUUUGCCUUUCAUAUAAGCCACUUCUGAUACCAAAUGAUCAACUAGAAGUCAAGUUAUUAUUUGUUGAUCCUAAAACUUGGACAGGCGACUUGUGUCAGGUAGUGUAUGCUUUAGCAUGUAUCAUUAUUUUCACACUACAGCAUUGAUUCAAGUUUUCUUUUUUGUUGAAAUGUUGUUUUUCCCAAACUGUUUUAUUAUUUUUUAACACUACUAUGACCAGCCAGGAAAUUAAAAAAAACAAUUAUUUGCCUAAAAUAAUAAUCUCUAGCCAUCUGAAUGCUUUCCAUGUCUUAUUAUUUUAUGUUAGCUCACCAUGAUGCCAGGUUAUGAGGCUGCCAAAUGUUCUCUCUAUACUGCGGACGAUAAAAUAACUGUAACCUUUUGAUGAGUUCAACAGAUUGAAGAAUCCUAUGAAAACUCUAUCCUUCAAAAACACGCUGGCGAUGCUGUUUCUGGAUUAAGUAGCUGUUUUUUAAAUGCAAUAACCUUUAUUCACUAAACUGUGGUCUUACGAUUUUACAUUCAGCUUCAAAUGUAUUUGACAAAUGCAAAACAACUUUCUUCCUCACAAAUUAUUAUUAUGAUUAUGUGGUUUCCAAGUUUCUGAAAUCAGUGGUUUUAUGAAAUGCUGCAGCAUAACACGAAUCAAAACUCAUUCAUUUGCAAAAUGCACUUUUACUGUGGUCGGUGGAAUGAAAUACAGGGCGAGUGAUUGUUCCUUACUUUUUAUUAUGCGUUUCUUCAUGGUGAUAAAACAACAUAUAAACAGCGAUUAAUCAGUUUAUUUGAUAUAUUGACUGGUGUAUAUAUAUAUUUAAAUAAUCUGAAGACUUGUAUAACUCUGUCACAAACCAAAUACAAAUGUUCUUAAGAUACAUACGAUUGUUGUGGAAGGAUUGAGAUUCAAUAUCUGUGAAAUGAGUCGAGCAUUUUAUAGACAUCUCAGAUCUGCUCCCGUAUAUUUGGGCUUUGUGGAAUAUUUUGGGAGUUAAAUUAUUUUCUCACUGUUACUGAUUAAUUCAAUCAUUACAAUUAAAGUAUUUUUAUGCUUUACGAAAAAGCUGUCGGGAUGUACCGGUUUGCAUAAUGUGUAUCUAUUUAUUCAUAAAAACCAGAAUUAUUUGAUUAAUUGUCUGGUAUGGGACCUAAGAAAGUUCUUCAAAACAACGUUCAUUUCUAAUAUGUAUCUCAUGUAGAAUAAAAUUUUGAUAAAUAUUCGAA